AUGAGCAAAAGACAGAAUCCCGCCGAGUUCUUAAAGAAAGUCAUCGGAAAGCCAGUUGUGGUGAAACUGAACUCGGGCGUCGACUACCGUGGAAUCCUCGCGUGUCUCGACGGAUACAUGAACAUCGCUCUGGAGCAAACCGAAGAGUACAGCAACGGACAGCUGCAGAACAAGUACGGAGACGCGUUCAUCCGCGGAAACAACGUCCUCUACAUCUCGACGUCUACUAAGUGA